CAUUGAGAAAGCAACGUAGCGCGACGUGUGCUGCGUAGUUGUCGGACGUUGUUGUUGUGCGCGUAAAACAGUAACUGUUUUUUCUUUUCAAACAUCAACAAAUAUUGAAUUGUUAAUUUAUAUAUAUUUUUUUGCUGUGUAUUUUCUUUAUGUGCAUGAAAGCCGAAACUGAGGCUUUGCGAAAAGUGAUCAAACAAAUAAAAUAAAGAAGUGUGCAAAAAUUUAACGACGCAACAACAAAAAUUAAAAAACGAAUUUUUAGCGUUAUUUAAAGUGCGUCGUCGUGUUAAUACGUUAAUUAAAUGUUGCUAAGUGAUUGCAGAUAUCUUAUUUUAAACAAUCUAAAUACAAACAACAAGAGUGAGAGCAACAACGGCAACAGCAAAUAGUUACUUAAAAUGCGCUUAAAUUAGCGACGAGUAUAAAAAAAGACAUCGCAAUUGCAAUUGAUCUCAACUGAGAUUUCUACACAUACACACAUAUAUCUAGAUAUAGAAGAGCCAUGGCCCUGAAUCAGGGCAAAUAUAAGCCAACAAUCUGUGCCAUCGAUGAGGUGGACGAUCGAAGUUACAAACUGCAUACGGGCCAAGAUGAUGAGCGUAUUGGCCAUGGCAACAGCAAGCAACAAAUUGAGGGAAGCGAAACGGCUCCGUUGACGACAAAUCAACAGAAGUUGCACAUCGAUGAUGCUGGUUUGACGCCCAAGGAGUUGGAGGCGGCACGCAAGGAGGCGUUGAGUGAGGCCAGAGCUGUGGGCGGGGUAACGCCCACGGCAAAUACACCCAACUCGACGAAUACAUCCGCAAAUGGACUAAGAGCCUUGCUGCUUCCAGGACGUCGAUCCUUCGAUGCACUGAUGAGUUUAUCUCGAAAACGUCGUAUUCUUUAUGUGGCCACCGCCUGCCUCUGUGCACUGCUGCUGGUGAUCAUCAUCAUGUUGUUGGCGUUUUGGCCGGAGGUGCCCUUCCAUAUGCGUGCCCCGCUUUGCUUGGAGCGGGAAUGUGUUGAGAGCAGCCGACAGUUGCUACUUUGGGCCAACACGUCGAAGAGUCCUUGCCACGAGACUUACGAUUGGGCAUGUGGCAAGUUUGCCCGCGAAUAUGCCGAAGGUGAUUACUUUGUGAUCAAACGCGGCGAAUGGAACUUUAAGACUUACAACGAGUAUCAGGAGCUCAAUGAACUGAAUCGAUUUAUAUCCAUGCUGCCCAAUGCCGCUGAGGGAACUUAUCCCGUCGAGUCCACCAUUAGCAGUCUUUAUAGAAACUGCCGUGAUAUCGAUGCUCUCGACAAAAGUCAAUCGGAUCUGUUACUUAAGCAGUCCAUCAAAUCUGUGGGUGGUUGGCAGGCACUUUCGGCCACGAAUCGUUUACAGAAUUGGGAUUACAAGACCGCACUGAAGCAUCUUCAGGUGAAGUUCGGCAUCUUUCCGUAUUAUCGUAUAAGCGUUGAGAACAGCUAUACGAUACCCUAUGAUUACAUUAUCACCCUGGAUGAGGGUGAAUUGGGUUUGCCAGACAAGUAUUUCUACGGCCCGGAUGCCGACAUGGAAGUGGUUAAUGGCUAUAAGCUGCUGCUGCGUGACUUUGCCAUCAAUAUGGGCAUGGUUGCUAGGGAUGCGAAUAUCUUUGCGGAUGACAUUUUCCACUACGAACAACGCAUUGUCAAUCACAUUGAGGCCGCUAAGGGAUCUGGAGGAGAUCGUCAGCUGAAUAAACUGAUUCGCUUAGCCGAACUCAAGAGCAUUGCGCCAUCGCUGUACAUUAUGGAUUCGCUGCAGGGGAUCUUCCCCAAAACACACAUCACAGAGGACACCGAGGUGUUGGUGCGCGAUGUCGAGGUCUUCCACGAGCUCUCUACGCUGGUCUCCACAUCGGACAAAAAACCCAUCAAUAACUUUAUCGUUUGGUCAUUGGCUCGUCAAAUGCUGCCGCAUCUCUCGAAGGAAUAUCGCACUCUAGCCGAGCACUUUGAUCAUGCCAUCUACGGACGCACAGCGAGCUAUCCACGCUGGCUCUUCUGCAGCAAAGUGGUGCGAGAUUGGGUGCCAUUUGCGGUGGAUGCACUGCAGCAACAGCAGCCGCACAACAAGCAACAAUUUGAGGCUGGCACACAGAUUCAUAGCGAAGAUCCAAAUGCUGUCAAUAAAACCAUUGGCAAUGAAAAGUUCCUGCAAUUGAUGUUCUACAGUUUGCGUAAUCAGCUGCAGGAUUCAUUGGAGCAGGCCAACUGGUUGGAGCCGACAGCCCGACAAUUUCUGCACAAGAAGCUGGCCGAGAUGCGUCUGCAGUUUGGCAUACCCAAUGAGGUGCUCGAUCAGCCCGAUUAUAUAAGCAACUACUACAACGAUCUCUUGCUGACCAAUAUCAAUUUUGUGGAGCAUCUGGAGUCCAUUUGGACAUUUCGACGAUCUCGCAUGGAGGAUAAACUGAAAACGUUGGGCAUGCUGGAUGUCAUUGUGUCCGAGAUGUACACAAGGGAUCAUCCACAGCCUAUUGCCUACUCCAAUAAGCUAAAUAUGCUGCUCAUCUCACGUGUCUUGGUCAACAACAAUUACUACGACUAUCGAUACCCUGUGGCUGUGAACUUUGCUCGCAUUGGCACUGACAUUUUGGAGACUUUGAUCAAGAACUUGUCCAUAUUUUUGCUGCAAUUCAAUGCCCAGGGCACGGAUAUAAGCGAUGCCGUGCCAGAGAUUGAGUAUGCGCAGCCGGAUGUCAAUUGUCUGUCCGCCGGACAGCCGCCACAUUUGGCAUACGAGUUGCGACAAAUGUCGCAGGAGGCAUUGAAGAGCUUCCAUGUGACGUUGAGUGCGGCACGAACGGCGGCACGAGCGCUUAGCAGCUUUGUGAGUGCCAUCGAUGCUGGGAAUGCGAUCCAGGGAGCGGGUAUCGAUCAGGUGGUGACCUAUGAGGCAUUGGGAUUGACACGGCGACUGCGUGUGCCCGGACUGCGUUCCUUCAAUGAGAACGAGCUGUUUACACUCGCCUACAUGCAACAACAUUGCAGCACAACGAUUGCGGACAAGGAUUAUGCACGCAUCAAGCCGCACGUGGAGCGACAGUUGGCCGAACGUUAUCUCUUUAAUGCCACCUGGCAGCACAUUCAGUUUCUGCCACGCUCAACGGAUUGCGCCGCCUCGGAGGUCAGCUGCUCCAAUUUGCUGUGAGGCAACAACAGGCAACUUGCCAUAAAAACGACUCUGUGUACAAUUCCUUAGUUCGGCCACAUAUUUAUUGUACUUUUUUUACACCCACCCCCCACACACACACACACGCAACAUAAAUCGCGCUAAACAAAAAAAACUUAGAUUGUAAUUAAACUAUAUGAUUAGUUGAUAUUUAAUAAUUUAGCUCUAGUUUUGACCACAUUCGCAAUACAAAUGCGACAAGCCACUGUUGACAUCACACACACACACACCAACACCCACACACACACAGAUACAAUUAAUACUGUGUUUAUAAUUAUAUAAAAUAGGCAUAUUUGAAAUUUACGACUAUCUGUUGUCGAAUGUACAAGUAACUAAUUAACUACAAUUAACAUGCUUAAGUAUGCCUAAAUCGACAACAUAUACAUAUAUUCCAUAGUUCUAUAGCGCGUAAUCUAUAGUUUUAGUUAGUUGCUAAGUUCCUGUAUAAAUUGAAUUUAAUAACUAUGAUGCGUUCUUCAGAGAAAACCUAUUAAAAACGAAAAGACGAAUUUUUCACUUGAAACCGAA